CAUGAAGAACCGACGUGAAGACACGGGCUGCUGUAGCCGCAUCUUCCUCAAGUCCAUCAUGGUGGUCUUCAAUACAUUCUUCCUGAUCAGCGGCGUGUUCUUCCUGCUGGUGGGCGUGGGCAGCCUGCUGUGGCGCCACGAGUACGUGAGCCUGCUCCAGAGCCCGCUGUUCCCCAUCACCACCUACCUGUUCCUGGGCAUCGGGGGCCUGGUGGUGCUCAUGGGCGUCCUCGGAUGUCUGGCCACGCUCCGGGAGAUCAGGGGAUGCCUGCUUUUUAUCCACGAGGAGCUGACGAGGAAUCUCAACAAGACAAUGUCCACCCAGUACCUGGUGGACUCUGAGGUGACGCGCGCGGUGGACGCCAUGCAGGCUGAUUUCCAGUGCUGCGGUGCUACCUACUACACGGACUGGGAGUUCUCCCACUGGGCCGUCCAUAAACCUGAGGGGGAUUUGAACCUGGUGCCCCAUUCGUGCUGCAUCACGCCCAACACCACCUGUGCCAGCCUCCUGCACCCCUCCAAUAUACACCAAGAGGGCUGUAUCCAGGAGCUGGAAAAGUUCCUACGUCUUCAUCUGAUCCUGAUCGGGGGCGUGGGCCUGGGGCUGAGCGUGCUGCAGAUCUUUGGAGUCAUCUUCUCCUGCUGCUUCUCUCAGAAGAUCAAGGAAGAGAUGGACGUCUAGACGGCGGGGUCAGGGCAGGAGUUGGAUGUCGAAUUGCGGUGGUGUGGUGGUCAAGGAGGGAUGACUGACUAGACGGUGUGAUCGAGGAAAAGAUGGACGUUGAUUAUGAAAUGUUUUAAAAACUGUGUGGUCAAGUUGAGGACGGAUGUGUUAAAUGGGAUGGUCGAAGAAGAGAUGGACGUUCGGACGGUGCGGUCGUCAGGGAGGGGUUUGAUUUCUACACGGUGUGAUCAAAGAUGAGAUGAGCGUCUAGACAGUGUGGUUAAGUAGAUGGAUGUUAGAGAGGUGUGGUCAAGGAAGAGAUAGAUGUCUCCUCUAGACAAGGUGAUUAGGAAGGAGUUGGACGUCUAGAUGGUGUGGUCAAGAAUGAGAUGGAUGUCUAGACAAGUGUGAUCAUGGAAAAGAUGGACAUCAAGUCCAUGAGGUCAGGGAAUGAAUGGAUCAUGUCUAGAUGGUGUGUUCAAGGAAAAGACAGGCGUCUAGAUGAUGGUGAUGUCAAACAGAAGAUGGAUAUCUGAACGGGAUGGUCAUGAAGAUGGACGUCUUAGAGAUGGACACCUAAACUGUGUGGUCGAGGUAAACAUGGACGCCUAAACAGUGUGGUCAAGGUAAACAUGGACGCCUAAACAGUGUGGUCAAAUAAAAAAAUGAACGUCUACUCAUCUAGAUGAUGUGGUCUCAGUCCGGAGAUGGAUGUACAAACGGUGUUGUCACGUAGAAGACGGACAUCUGAUCAAGGGGAAUGAGAGAAGAAGGGACACGUCCCUGAUGCUAAAUCUGAUUAUAAUUUUAUGUUAAUGAAGUUUCUUUUUUCCCCACCAAUCCACUGAACCUGCAGGUCUUCCGUUCUUCUUUGGCAGCGCGGCAUUCUUGUCUUCAUCCCUCUAGCUUUUUCUGUUUCUCCAUGGUCAUUUCAACUUUUCGACUGCCCAGUGUAAGACUCUGUCAUAUGUCACUUUUCAAAAUGAUGUACGGCGGGGUCUUAUUCUAAACAGUCAAUUUUUUGGUCAUGAAGUCAAGAAUGUUUCUGAGUGUUGUAGGGUCUGCUGGGGUAGUAAUGCAGUGAAGUCCACUUGAACUGAACAUGGUUUAAAUACGAAAACGGCGUAGGAAAUAUCAUGUAGUUGUUGUUUUCAAAUCUCUUUAGCUGCGAGCAUUUCGCUCUUGGCAGCGCAAUGCCUCCCUCAAAUUACCACACGUCCUUGUCAUCUGGUCAGCGCCAGAGUAGAGCAGGCUUUGUAAGUCUGUAGGAGGAAAUAUCAUAGAAUCCGUGGGGGAGGGGGGUUUUCUUCACUGAUUGAGCAAUCUCUCAAAACUGAAGAAAAUCCAGCGAUCCCCCAGAUUUCAGUUCAAGCGGGCGGCACUGUAGUUGUAAAGAGCAUAGAGCAUGCUGUAGAGCAUGAAUAUGGGCUGUGUUAAUAAAUGAAAUUAUUAUUAUUUCUAUUUC